AUGGAGUACCGACGCAGCCCGACCCAGUCUCCGUUUGGAACGCCUCGCGACCUCGCCGGACAUGGCGGUGGUGGUGGUGGUGGUGGUGGUGGUGGUGGCAGUGGGCGGCCCGGAGGCGCGGGGGGCGCUGGCGGCGCGUCAUCUUCCAACAAUCAGGGUCCAAAGUUCGACAUCCUGCUCUGGUACCCACAGUAUCAGAGUUGCCUCCGGUACUUUGUCGAAGUCUCUCAGCACAGCUAUCCCUGCCAAGCUCUGGCUGCAUUCAUCAACAUCCGUUUGCCGUUCCAACGCGGAGGCGGACUCGUGCCUCCACGCACAAACUCUCCACACUCGCUGUACCGACCGGCGUACGCCUCGGGAUCCGGAUCCGGCGGCAUCGGGCCCGCGCCCUCCUCGCCGAUCGCCAGUCAUCCGACGGUGUCGCAGUACGGAUGGGUAUCGCUACACCCAUACAUCCGGCGACUGGUCGCUACGGGCUUCGACGUGCCCGCGAUCCUCCACGGCUGGUUCGGCGACGAUUGGGUGACCGGCGUGGGACCGCUGCACGAGCAGGAGCGACGGAAUUAUUUAUUCGCGGCGAAGAGCGGCGGGUGGGCAGCCGUGAAGAGGGACUACGACGAUGUAACGGACGAAGCGAUCCCGUACCUAAAGCCGCUAGGGAGAGUCGAUGACGGCGAGAUCGAGGCUGCGGAGGGGUCGUGGUCGAAAUGGCUAGCGAUGGAAGACUGGAUGUUGGGAUCACGGGCGCCACCGCACGAAGAAAACGAAGACAUGGUCGGAUGAUGGCGGACUGUUACGGAUUUAUUGUUAUUGCGGUUGUUGUUAUUUUAUAGUGGUCCGCUGUGUUGUGCUGUGCUGUGUGCUGCGUUUGUCUGGCCGUCCAGACAUCGUGCCGAUCGUGUUGGAGAGCUAAUUGUGAGCGGGGUGUUUGGUCUCUUUGCGUUAGCGAGGUACAUUAUAUUUUCUUGGCGAAGGGAAGGUUGCGACGAUGCCAAAGUGAAGCGUGAAGCGUGAAGCAGAAGAGAUUCCAGCUG